AUGGCGAAGGCAAAGCAAGUGGUCAACUUUGUCCGGUCCGAGACCGACCUCUUGUCGGAACCAGGAUGCGAUUUAACUCUUUCAAGUUCUAACCGUGUUGAUUAUCAUCCAAUUACAAACAUACAAGACAGAUCAACACCGCUAACAUUCAUUAUUCAAGGAAAUGAUUUGCAGUACAUUGAUUUCUCAGAAACUCAAUUAUACGUACGCUGCAAGAUUGUUGACAGUAAAGGAGCCGCUCAAACUUCGUCAAAUAUUGCUCCAGUUAAUAAUUUUUUACAUUCAAUGAUACAUCAAGUGACCAUUCUUUUAAAUGAUGUGCAAAUUACUCCACCAUCAACCUUAUACCCGUACAAAGCGUUCAUGGAAACUUUCCUUUCUUUCGGGAAAGAAUAUACAAAAACCCAGGCUCAAGCAGCACUCUACAGCAAAGAAAUUGAACCCACUACAGACGAUGCAGGAUGGAUUAGUCGUGAAUCUUUGAGCCAUAACAGCAAAGUGUUUGAAAUGCGUGGAAAAUUGAGAUGUGACAUUUUCAAUCAAAAUAGGUAUUUAAUUCCUGGUGUUGAUGUGAAAAUAGUUUUAAACCGAUCGCCAGAUAACUUUUGUCUGUUGGGAAAAACACCAACCGCUGGUUCUACGCUUGAUCAAGCACAAGUUCAUAUCGUUGAAGCCAAAUUGGUUGUUCAGAAACAUACACUCUUCCCAUCGAUUACGCUAACUCAUUUAAAACUCUUGGAUAAGGGCCAACCAGCUUGUUAUCCUAUGCGAAGGGGGGAUAUCAAAUCAUUCUCUCUUUCAGCUUAA